AUGCUGGUGCCCGUGGAGUUGCAGGGCACGCAGGCCCGCGUGCUGCACCAAGUCAACAAGUACGCUAGCGAGCGUGUGGCCGCGCGCCGCGCCGCGGUGGCCAAGAGCCUGCGGGAGGUGGCCAAGGUGGUGCAAGAUGUGUUGAAGGAGGUGGAGGUGCAGGAGCCGCGUGUCAUCUCCUCCCUGGCGGAGGUGAACGGUCGCUUCGAGGGCUUCACGGUGCUCUCGCCCACGGAGUUCGAGGCGGUGCUCUACCUCAACCAGAUGGGCGAGUUCAACUUCGUGGACGACGGCUCCAUCCCAGGCAGCGCCGUGCUCAAACUCAGCGACGGCAGGAAGCGCUCCAUGUCCCUGUGGGUGGAGUUCAUCACAGCCUCGGGCUACCUCUCCGCCCGCAAGAUGCGAUCACGCCUGCACACGCUGGUGGCGCAGAGCGUGGACAAGUGCACGUACCGCGAUGCCGUACGCAUGGUGGGCGACACCAGCGAGGUGCGCCUCCGCGUGCGGGACCGCUACGUGGUGCAGAUCACGCCCGCCUUCAAGUGCUCGGGCGUGUGGCCCCGCUCGGCCGCCCACUGGCCCUCGCCCCACGCCCCCUGGCCGCCGCCCAGCCUGGUGGCCGAGGUCAAGACGGAGGGAUUCGACCUGCUCAGCAAGGAGCCGCCCGCCGCAGGGGGGCGCGCCGCAGGCGGCCUGGAGAGUGACGCCUGGGCCUUGUCCUUCAGCGACGCUGAGAACCGCCUGCUGUACGGCGCGGGGCGGCGCCGCGCCUUGGCCAUCCUGAAGACCCUGCGGGACCGCCACUUGGACCUGCCUGGAGAGCCCGUGCCGGCGUACGCCGUGAAGACACUGCUGCUGUACGAGUGUGAGAAGCACCCGCGGGAGGGUGAGUGGGAGGAGGGCGUGCUAGGGGACCGGCUGGUGGGUGUGCUGCUGCAGCUCAUCACCUGCCUGCAGUGCCGCCGCUGCCCACACUACUUCCUGCCCUCCAUCAACCUGCUGCGCGGCGCGUCGCCCCCCGCCCUGGAGGCCGCCUCCAAGCAGGCGUGGCGCCUCACCAGGGAGCUGCUCACCAACCCAAAGAGUCUCGAGAAGCUCUAGGGGCGCCCAGCCCGCCCCGCGACGGACGCCCCUGCUGCUGCUGCUGCUGCUGCCCCGCCCCGCCCCGCCCCACAGUCCGCCGCCGCCGCGCUGUGUGUCAGCUCUCCCAGAUUAUAUUAUAAUUAUUAUCAUUAUUAUUAUUUAUGGCGCCGCCGUGGCGCUGCUGUGUUAAGCUGUGAUAUCUUUGAGUUAUGUGCGUAGUGAAGGUGUACAUAGCGUGUGCGUGUGUGUCCGUGUGCGUGCGUGCCGGCGCGUCGUGUGUGCGGGGGUGCGCGUGGGGUGCUGCCCAGGCCCGCCCACCGCCCACGCCCGUAUCCCGGUGGGCGGCGCGGCGCGGUCAGGGUGCCAGCGUGGGGUGGCCCGCCGCUUGUGUGUGCGUGCGUGUGUGUGUGUGAGACUCACCGCGCCCCGCCCCGCCCCGCGUGCACGCCGCCCCUGACGUGUCACCAUUACUGUGUACCCAAAGUGUAACCCCCCCUGUGUAGUGCCCGUGUAGCCCAAAGUGUAUCCCCUGUGUGUACCACCAGGCCCCGUGUAGCCUCCCAGUGUACCUCCCUCACCUGUGUAGCCGUAAAGUGACUGUAGCCUCAGUGACCCUGUGUAGCCCCGCGGUACUGUACCCUGUGUAGCCAAGUGUGACCCCCCACGCCCCCACCCCUACACUGUGACUCCUUGUGACCUCAGACCCCCUCCACCCCUGCACCCGUGACCUCCCCCUCCCCCCACACUUGGUAGUAAUAACAAUGAUAUAGUAAUAACAGUAGUAAUAAUGAUCAAAUAAAACGUGUAUGAUGAUAA